UAACGUAGGAGUCAUAAUUUCGCUCCCGGAAGUUAUCCGCAAUAAUUGGACAUGCUUUAUUUGCGCCUUCUAGUUCGUCCGUCAUGCGCUCGCUGGCUGGACUGAUAGCUGUAUUAGUAACGGCUACUUUCUACCUUUAUUUAUUGUCAUCUUUUCUUCCCCAUGGACCUCAGCUUCGUAAACAUAACAACAAUGAGGAAGACACGGAAAGUUCCAGUGGUGAAGACAACCUGCAAAGAGAAAUGAAGACUGCAGCCUCCAGGUUGAAGUUCCCAUCAGACCUGGAAGAGCUGAAAGAGAUGGCAGAGCUGUUGCAGUAUUAUAAGACAGAGCACACUGGAUACGUGCUAUUACUCUUCUGCAGUGCCUACCUCUACAAGCAGGCUUUUGCCAUACCCGGUUCCUCUUUUUUAAACAUCUUGGCUGGGGCCUUGUUUGGGACAUGGUAUGGUCUUCUACUCGCCUGUGUCCUUACCACAGUAGGUGCCACAUUUUGUUUCCUCCUGUCCCAGGCGUUUGGCAAGCAGCACAUUGUGAGACUCUUCCCUGACAAGGUGGCCAUGCUGCAGAGGAAGGUUGAGGAAAACAGAAGUAGCUUGUUCUUUUUUCUGCUGUUCCUGAGAUUCUUUCCCAUGAGUCCAAACUGGUUCCUUAACAUGACCUCCCCAGUCUUGAAUAUUCCUGUUACCCUCUUCUUCAUUGCUGUCUUCAUUGGCCUGAUGCCGUACAACUUCAUCUGUGUCCAGACGGGGUCAAUGCUGUCUCACAUCUCCUCUCUGGAUGACUUGUUCUCCUGGAGUGUGGUGGUGAAAUUGCUCCUCAUUGCCUGUGUUGCCCUGCUGCCUGGAGCUCUCAUCCGUAAAUACAGCACCCAACAUCUUCACCUGGAUGACCUUGAACCAAAUGGACUUAGUCAAGACAAGAAGGACAGAUAAAACCCCUUUGGGGCCACUUUGACCCUGUUUACACCUGGUCUCGGGUGAUCAUAUCGCAUGUGGUCAAGUGAGACACAUUGCUGUUUAUAUCUGGUCGCGUGAAUGCGUCUCGUGUGACCACUUGUGAUUGGAUUUUGAAGGAAGGGUCUCUGUUUCAUGAUGACAUAAAUCAGUCACUAUGUUAGUGUUUUACUGCAAGACAUUAAAGUGCAGCAAAUUCAGAAAAAAAUUAAAUGCCAAAAAACAAACAAAAGCAACAUUUCGAGCAAAAUUAUCUGUUAAAGGAGAUUCAUAUAUUCAUGCUUCUCAUCUGUGUUGAUAUCAAACACACUAAAGAAGAUAUGUGAAGUUCUUGUGUUUGUUUUGUAUCCGCUUUUUUUAAUUUUCCAAUCAGACAGUUAUGUACUUUUAAAACUGCUUGGAACCGGCAAAGUUUAAACUCCUUGUUUUAGUGCGGUUUUCUUUUAACUCUUGUUUUAACGGUUGAUUGACAGGUUAAGGGUGGUGCUUCACUUCUGUCUGGGAUGCAUUCAGGACAGAUUAGCUUAUAUACAUCAAAUGUGAUGUGGUCUCAUGUGUUCUUGAGCACAUUCGUAUGUGGUUUUUGUGAUCCAAUCACAAAAUGUUUUAUACCCAGUUUAGACCUGUAUUUAGUGCUGAUCACCUGUGAUCGGAUCACCUGAAGUGCAUCUUAAUACCAGGUAUAAGCGGGUCUUUGUGUGUGGCUACUGUUUGCACUUAAAUUGGCUCUUAAAAGGAUUACAAUUUUGAUGGAUUAUUAGAGAAUCUCAUUUGUGGCCUGACCUUUUUUAAAAUGGAAACUUAAUUUUUAACAUGUAGCUUGGAAGGCUGUUUUGUCGUUUAUUGGCAUGGAUUUUAAUGUGAGUGGGAGUGAUUAAAAGGGAAUUUAUGACAGUACGUUGCCUUGUUAGAAAGUUCUGUGGGUCUAUUUACGUGUAGUGUUGUAUUUGAAUUCUGAAUCCUGCCUUCUAUGAACAAAUUAGCAGAGAUAUGGAAAUAUAAGCAUUAGGAUCUGACAGGGAAGAUAUUUUAGGUAUUUAAUACUGUUGUUCUGUACAUACAGAUGUUGAUAUUGUGGAUUUUCUUUGCUUGUUGGGGUUACUGCUGGUGGAAUUACUUUCACAACAGUCUUAAAUAGUGAACUACCUCACUAAAGUGGGAAAAUAUUGAAUAUUUUACUUUUUUGGAGUUCUUGUAAAUAUUAAAUGGGCACACCAGGCUGUAAAGAUGCCAGGAUCCACAUAUUCAGUAUGGGAAUUUUUGUCUUUAUGGGAAGGCAGACAUCCAACAUGUGAAGUCAUAGUCUCUAAAAUGCCCAGUCACUAAAGCCCCAUCCAGCAUACUAGUGUUAAUGAGUUGAAUGGUGAAUUAAAAGGAAUACUUUUCUUUAUACUAGUGCCAUUAGCAGUGCUUGGGACAGAACAUGUAUAUCAGUUUACAGUCUUGUACAAGAGUAAAUAAUUUUUAGAUAUGAUGUAACUGUCCAAUAAUUCUGUUUGUACUCAUUCCAUUAGUUUAUUGUUAGACCGGUUGAGCAUAAUUUUUGUGCACUUCAUUAUAAAAUAAUCGUAUACUUUGUUCACUUCAAGCCAAAAUUCAUAUUAUGUAAAAAUUGAGUGUUUUCAAUUAAAGAAAAUAUGCUGAUAUAGUAUGAUUUGUGCAUG